AUGCUUUUGAUGUUAAUCUUAUUGAUAGACUCUCAGCUAUUAUCAGGUAUUUCAGCUGCUUUCAGCUUUAAACGAAGCGUCGUUAGAGCAGCAGCAGCAGCAGCAGCAGCAGCAGCAGGAACAGCAGCAGCAACAGCAGCAGCAGCAACAGCAGCAGCAGCAACAGCAGCAGCAGCAACAGCAGCAGCAGCAACAGCAGCAGUAACAGCAACAGCAGCAACAGCAGCAGCAGCAACAGCAGCAGCAGCAACAGCAGCAGCAGCAGCAAAAGCAGCAGCAGCAGCAUCAUCAUCAGCACACCUAAGAGGGCCUUUGAAUCCAGUUCGCAAAGCGUCGUUAGAGCAGCAGCAGCAGCAACAGCAGCAGCAAAAGCAACAGCAGCAGCAGCAGCAGGAGCAGCAGCAACAGCAAAAGCAGCAGCAACAGCAGCGGCAACAGCAGCAGCAGCAGCAACAGCAACAGCAGCAGCAGCAACAGCAGCAGCAGCAACAGCAGCAACAGCAGCAGCAUCAUCAUCAGCACACCUAA